AUGAAGGUUUUCCGCAGGAAGGCGCUGGUCCUUUGCCUCGGCUACGUGCUGCUGCUGCUCCUCACCAUGCUCAACUUGCUGGACUACAAGUGGCACAAGGGACCGCAGCAGUGCAGCGAGCCCUCGCCCGCCCGCCGCACUUCCCACCCGCAGCAGCUGCCUUACUAUGCCUCCCAGUCCCGGUCGGACAUCCGGGCUCUCUACGGGGCCCCAGCACCGCUCAACCGCAGGCGGCAGCUGGUCUAUGUUUUCACCACCUGGCGCUCAGGGUCCUCCUUCUUCGGUGAGCUCUUCAACCAGAACCCAGAGGUCUUCUUUCUGUAUGAGCCCGUGUGGCACGUGUGGCAAAAGCUGUACCCGGGGGACGCUGUCUCUCUGCAGGGUGCAGCCCGGGACAUGCUGAGUUCUCUCUACCGAUGUGACCUCUCUGUUUUCCAGCUCUAUAGUACGGCUGGAGCCGGGAAGAAUCUCACCACUUUAGGCAUCUUUGGGGCAGCCACGAACAAGGUGAUCUGCUCCUCACCACUUUGCCCAGCCUAUCGCAAAGACAUUGUGGGCAUGGUGGAUGACAAGGUGUGCAAGAAAUGCCCUCCGCAGCAGCUCAGCCUGUUGCAGGAGGAGUGCCUCAAGUACCACACCUUGGUCAUCAAGGGUGUGCGCGUCUUUGACAUCGGUGUGCUGGCACCACUCAUGCAAGACCCAUCCUUGGCUCUCAAAGUCAUCCACCUGGUCCGGGACCCCCGAGCGGUGGCUAGCUCCAGGAUCAAAUCCCGCCACGGACUCAUCCGGGAGAGCUUGCAGGUAGUGAGGAGCAGGGACCCCCGUAUCCAUCGCAUGCCCUUCCUGGAUGCAGGCCACAAGCUGAACAGCAAGAAGGAGGGGGGCGGUGGCUCAGAUUACCAUGCCUUGGGGGCCAUGGAGGUGAUCUGUGGUAGCAUGGCAAGGACCCUGCAGACGGCGUUGCAUCCCCCUGACUGGCUGAAGGGGAAUUACAUAGCCAUCCGCUAUGAGGACCUUGUAGUGGACCCCAUCAAGACUUUACGGCAAGUGUAUGGAUUUGUCAACCUAGUGGUUAGCCCAGAGAUGGAGAAGUUUGCCCUCAACAUGACCAGUGGGCCUGGCUACUCCUCCAAGCCCUUUGUGGUCUCUGCCAGGAAUGCUACUCAGGCAGUCAAUGCCUGGAGGACAGCACUGAGCUUUCAGCAGAUUAAACAAGUUGAGGAGUAUUGCCACCAGCCCAUGACUAUUCUAGGUUAUGAGAGAGUCAACAGCCCAGAGGAAGUCAAGGACCUUAGCAAAACCUUGCUCAGGAAGCCAAGAUUGUGAAUGGGCAGUAUGCCUUGUGCAGAAAGGAAUUGAUUGAGAGAGCAAUUGACAGCUUUUCAGACAAUUGCAUCUGAGAGACAGAGAUGGUGCAAAGUGUGCUCCAUUCUUAAGGACAAUUAGGAAGACAAGGUUGGUCCUCCAGAGAUUGUUGAGGAUCACACACAUUCAUGUUUUUGCAUUCCUGGACUAUCAUUACUUCAAGCAGGCACACAUACACACACUCACUUCAGUAAGUAUUUGUGAGGCCUCUUUUCUUUCCAAAAGCUAAAGGCACAUUGUUCAGUAUGUAUCAACAUCUUUACAUACUUAUUUGUUGUGAUAAAUGAAGGAUUUGCAUAGCUGCUGAGGUAGGUGUGUGUGUGUGUGUGUGUGUGUAGGGUGCUCAUGGGAGGCUGAGAUUGAAGAAUACUCAGUAAAGCAAAAUGGACUUUUGUAUAAAGGUUUAAAUGUGAUCUUAAUAAAGAAAUCAAUAAGAAA